AGACUCUUUUUCUAAAUAUCUAUUUUCCUUCCUUUUAUAUUUCCCUUUUGUCUUUACCAUUUUCAACACAUUCACAGUACCAAUUACACUCUACUGUUACGUCCAUGGCUGAUUUGUCCCCAAGAACCGUGCUUGUAACCGGAUCUGGUGGCCGCACAGGACAAAUUGUGUAUAAAAAAUUAAAAGAGAGGCCAAAUCUGUAUGUUACCAGAGGCCUUGUUAGAACAGAAGAAAGUAAACAGAAAAUUGGCGGUGCAAAUGAUGUUUUUGUUGGGGAUAUCAGAGAUGCUGAAAGUAUUACUCCUGCAUUUCAAGGUAUAGAUGCUCUCAUAAUCCUCACAAGUGCAGUUCCACAAAUGAAGCCCGGGUUUGAUCCAACAAAAGGUGGAAGGCCUGAGUUCUAUUUUGAUGAUGGUGCAUAUCCUGAACAGGUUGACUGGAUUGGCCAGAAGAAUCAAAUAGAGGCUGCCAAGGCUGCAGGAGUGAAGCAUGUUGUGUUGAUUGGGUCUAUGGGUGGAACAAACACUAAUCAUCCUCUGAACAGCUUGGGAAAUGGGAAUAUAUUGAUUUGGAAGCGAAAGGCUGAACAGUAUCUGGCUGAUUCUGGUCUUACAUACACAAUCAUAAGGCCCGGUGGUUUGCUAGAUAAAGAAGGAGGGAUUAGGGAACUCAUUGUGGGAAAAGAUGACGAGCUUCUUCAGACUGAAACCAAAACCAUUCCUCGAGCUGAUGUUGCCGAAGUCUGCAUUCAGGCACUGAAUUUUGAGGUCAAAUUCAAGGCAUUUGACUUGGCAUCAAAACCUGAGGGAGUGGGUACCCCAACGAAGGACUUCAAGGCUUUGUUUUCCAAUAUCACAGCUCGUUUUUGAUAGAUAAUGCAAUGGUCGUUAUUUAUUAACUGAAGAGGGAUGCCCUAUAAUCAUCAAUGUUCAAUAAAUGAUUUGGAAAUCAUGUUAAAGAUUAUAGACACCAAAAUAAAUAAUAAUGUAGCUCAAUAAUACCAUUGAAUAAAAAAUUCAUAUUUAUGCUUUUAA